UCUCCAGUUCAGUUCUAAAUUUAAAGCGUAAUUUGGUGCACACAAGAACGAUGAGCGGAUGCCAUCGAUUGGAAUAGUUAAACAAAUCGCCAGCGUGCCACAUCUAGUGAAAUUGCAUUAGCCAAAUAAAAUCACUAGAAAAAACAAAUCAAAAAAGCGCAGUUUAACCAACAAACAGUGUGUACAAUUUCACACACCACGUAACGUAACACAUGUGCGUGCGUGUAUGAGUGCGUGCGAGCGAGAGAGAGCGAGUGUCAAAAUGACAGCAGUAGCAACAAAAAAAACAACAACAGAAGCAAUAGAGACCAAAUCAACAACAACAACAACAGUAUAGUCAGCCAGCUGUGCGAGGUCGUUUCACCCCCUCCCCUCCCUGAAAAAUAGAAAAAAUAACAUAAAAUUUGAUAAAAUUUUCUGUUCUCUGACAAACAGGAUAAAAAACCAAAAUUGUUUGUUACGUUAACCGUUACUCAUAACUCAGCAAGCGUGUUAUGAACAUACUAAAACCAACCAAACUCAAGUGCAUCGUAUUUAACCAACUGCGUCACACUUGGACGUUUCUUUUGUUUUUUUGCGAUUUGCUGGUGAAGUUUUACGAAAAGGCUCUUCCAUCUGAGCACCAGGAGCAGCUGAUCAAUCAUAAUAACAAUAAUAACAACGAUCUGAUCAUGGAGCAGGAUAUGCCGGACGAGGAGCCCCAGCAGCAGGAUCAGGCGGACAUUGGGGCCCGAUUGCAGGCCAUUCAGGGCGCUGGCGAACCCAUGGACGCAGCCAGCGAUUUGGACGACGAGGAGGAAGAGGACGACGACGACGUGGAUGUGGACGUGGACUAUGGUGAUACCGAUUCGGAAUCGGAGUUCGAGGAGAUGUUCUCGGAUGAGACGGUCAGUUCCAGCGAUGAGCUGGAGGAGAGCAAGGAGCGUUCUCCGUACGCCUUCCAGCCACUGCGUUUGGUCAAGUGUCAGUACAAGGAUAAACACAACUUCGGUGGUUUCCCGCUGGCGCGCAGUGGCCACCGCAUUAUCGCCUCCAAUUCGCACCUGUACUCCCUUGGGGGCUAUAAUCCCCGAAGCGCUGUAAGUGCCUCCCGUAACGGACGCUGCCUGCUCUUUCAGGAGCUUUGGAGCUUUAACUUCGCCACCAGGACCUGGAAGCUGGAGCUGAAUGCGGACAAUGCCAGCAAUAUGCCCGUGGAGCUGGCGUCCAAUGCGUUGACCAUUCACAAUAAUGUGUUGAUUUCCCAUGGAGGCACGGGAUAUCCCUUUGGAGAAUCUUGCUCCAACGACUGCUACGUUUACCGCACGGCCAGCGCUGGCGCGACACCGGGCGUAGAGCGCCUAAAGGUCCAGGGUGAUCUGCCCACGGCCCAGUACGGACCGGGCAUAGUGAUUCACAAGCACUUCCUGUACACAAUCGGCGGAACGACGGGCUUUGACUACACCUGUGAUGUAUAUCGUUUGGAUUUCCGCACCGGGAUCUGGGAGAAUGUGUACAUCAGCCGUCCGGAGAUGCGUGAUGAUCCGGAGGGUCGAUAUCGCCACGAGGUCGUCUACGAUGGAAAGCACAUCUUCGUGCUGGGCGGUGGCACUUCACACUCGGUGUACGAUCUGCAGCGCAUUCCGGCAUACAACCUGGAGUCGAACUGCUGGGAUUAUUUCGACACGUAUCCCGAUCGCCGAUCCGCUGACAUGGAAGACGGCGACAGAGGCUAUCCAAAGCCGCGCAAGUGUUUCUCCUGUGUGCAGCACCAGUCCUCAAACGGGGACAUCGAAGCCUUUAUUACGGGUGGCCUGCAGGGCGAUUUCUCCACGUAUUUUUCGGACAUUUGGAAGCUUAAUCUGCGCAGCAAGAAGUGGUUCCGCAUCGAGACCGCCACGCUGCCCCGCCCCCUGUAUUUCCAUUCGGCAGCCCACUCUGAUAAUGGAUGCAUGUACGUGUUCGGUGGCAUCGAGUAUAACGUUAAGGAGAUGCGCCGUCGCAAUGUUCUGUACAAGAUGUGGAUGACGGUGCCCAAGCUGAGCGAGAUGUGUUGGGACGCCAUCACAUACUACAACGACAAUCUGAACUUGUACGAUAGAAAGACACUGCUGGGAGCCGGGAUUCCCAAACGUUUCGCGGAACGUCUGCCGCCGCAGCGGAGGAGGAGGUUGGACAUUAACCAGCCGGACCCGUCCAUGAUUAUUUCACUUUACUCGAACCCGAAACGUGCCCGCUCCACAACGCAAUAGGCCUGCCCCCCGUUAACCCGAUAAUAAAUCGAAUCUGAGGAGGGGAGCCGGUGUCUCCUCGCCACGAAACUGUUUCAGUUGCAGAACUUUACGUUACUAUUGUUUAAAAGUUUUGUUUCACAUUGAGCGCGCGCUGUGAUCGAAUACGAAGGACAUUUAUAGUUAUACACAUAUGUAUUUUGAUACUCGAAAGGAGAGGCGGACAUGUUUAGCAUGUAAAUAAGAUUGUAAUUAAGUUUAGCUAGCGGAACAACAGCCAGAGACAGGCCAUGCGUAUGUAUUCUAAACUUCAGCUUACAGAUCAGCCAGCGCACCCCACACCCGAGCAUCCAAAAACCACCUCGGUAAACCCCACAGUAUCUGACCAGGUCCCCUACACAUUACACGCUAUGCAUCACGGCCCUGAAAUUGUUCACCCUUCUUUAAAUCCAACACCCAUACCACUUUGCACACAAUCGAACCAAUAUUGAAGGCUACACCAAACAAUGUCAUAUAGAGGGGGCAACCCCGAUGUAUUUUUGUCAAAGUGUACAUAAUACUUAGCGGUAGUAAUAUUUAAUUAACAUAAGACUCCAUCAUUAUUGCGAUAUCAUGUACCAAUGCAGUGCGUACGGUACUGCACGCCCCCGUGGCGAACGUCGGUUUGCUCGAUUUAUAUUACCCAAGACUAAAUUUGGUUGAAUCUAAGUUAAUAAAUAAAUUUUUAAUGCAA